UCCUGCAUGCUUCACUUUAUCUCGGGCCUUUUUUGACAGCUUUUUAAUAUGUUUUCCUCCUCACACAGCCUCGCAGAAAUUCAACGUCGAAUAGAUAAAGUGAAACGGUUUCUGUCUGUGACUUUGAGCAUCGCCAAUGCCCACACUGUGGAGAGUUUUUACACCCACGACGUGUGGAGCCGCUUCAUGUGUGUGUGUCCUGAGGAGGUCCUGUCAGCUGUGAGCUCCUUUAGUGAGCAGCAGAGGGAGCCAGAGCUCAAAACUGCAGAGCAGUCCAGGACCACAUUCGGGUUUUGCGAUGAUACAAAGCGGCUGGUUGAUACCUGUGAGCUGCUGCAGGCGGCCAGGGCCCACUCUCUGCCGGGCCUUGGAGUCUGCAUGAGCAGAGACGAGCUCCUGCAGGCCCUCAGGUCUAAUGCUCCACCUGCAGGGACAGGAGCAGAGCUGGAGACGGAUGAGUUCAUGAACUCGAAGAAGUCUCAUGAGGUCCAGUCCAUGUCUGAGGUGGUGGCGUGUCUGGCUCAGCACUGUCGGGUCAAACAGGUGAUAGAUGUAGGCUCGGGGAAGGGCUACCUGAGCUCCUUCCUGUCUCUGCAGUACGGCCUCCGGGUCUACGGCAUCGACUCAUCCAGCACCAACACCCACGGAGCCCAGGAGAGGAACAGGAAGCUGAAGAAGUUCUCCAGGGCGUAUCAGAAACGCAACAAGGCUGCGAGAGCACAGGGAGAGGUCACAAAUUCACCCCAGGAGGAGUUAGUAGAAAUAAAGCCGGGACUGGAUCGAGACGAUGAUGUGUUAGAUAUUGAUGGAGCAGGAACUGUGUCAAAAGAAGAGGAGAAAGUCAGCCUAUCAGACAUCAACACUGCAGUGGAAAGCUAUUCAGAGCCAGAGGAGCUUUUCCUUAGCGCCCUAUCAGUGGAUGCAAUACAGCCUACAUCUCCCAGAAUUCCCCCCAGCCAGCUGAGUACCGAGGAGAGAGAGAGGAGAAAGAGGGAGAACCUGGAGAGGAAAGCUCAGAACAGAAGCACCAGCUCCAGCGUCAUGUUUUCUCCCCUCACGUCAUACGUUACUGCGGAAACGGAGCUCCGAGAGCUCAUCAACGAGCUGGAGGAUGCGGUCAUGGUCGGCCUGCACACGUGUGGCGACUUGGCUCCCAGCACCCUGAGGAUGUUUGUGGCUAAAGCGGAGCUGGCCGCAGUCUGCAGCGUGGGCUGCUGCUAUCACCUGCUGUCUGAGGAGUUCGACCCUGCCGGACAGGAGAGUUCGCACGGCGUGUGUGGUUUCCCUCUGAGUCAGUACCUCCACGACCAGUCGUGGUUCUGCGGAAGGAACGCCAGGAUGUCGGCAUGUUUGGCACUCGAGAGAGUUUCCCUCGGCCAAGGGAUUCAGAUGGAGUCUCUGUUUUAUCGGGCGGUUCUUCAUGUAAUUCUGAGGGAUCACUACAGCUGCUUUAAAAGUGAAAAGAGAGUUGGGAAUGUCUACUCCAAGGCUAAAUCCUUUGUGGACUACGUUCGCCGAGCUCUACGCAAACUGGAACUGGAUGAAUCGAAGCUCUCUGACAGCGACAUCCAGGAUUACCACGACACAUACAGACCACGAAUGGACGAGAUGCACGCCUUUAAUUUGUUGAAAGUAACCCUGGCUCCCUGUAUUGAAGGUCUGGUUUUGCUCGAUCGCCUCUGCUACCUGAAAGAACAGGAGGAUUUACCAUUCUCUGCACUGGUGCAACUCUUUGAUCCCCUGCUGUCACCGAGAUGUUACGCCGUCGUCGGACUGAAGAGUUAUGAGGACAGAAUUUCAUUUUGAUGAACUUAUACAUAUGCACAUGAUUAUAACGCGCUGCUUCAGAGGUCAUGAUUAUACAUGAUUGUAUCAGCAAUCGCACUUGAGUGUAUGUGCUUGUUUUGAUUAUAUGUAUGAUUUAAUCUAAGUGUUGUAAUUUAUUUAUGCAGUCUCUUUCAGCAACAUCUUGUUCUGUUUUAUAUACUUUACUGUUUUUGAUGAAAAAUAAAUCUCUGUGUUUUUUAGCGUUUAGUCCUUGACUGUGUGCUUCCUCAUGAAAACACAUGCUCAAAACACCUGGAAAAACUGUCAGUCCUGUUUGAUUGAAUUGUAUCCAUCUCAGCCUUUUGUCUUCAUGUUUCGUGACCCUUCUUUUUAAGGAGCGUUCAGGGAGCCGGGGCCAUUGUGGGAUUUAGGGAAGCUCGGAUCCCCUCUGUUGACAGGUCUGGAAACCCCAUUUUUAGGUUCCCAAACCGGAGGAAGUAGGGGGAAAGAUAGACAGGGCAAGAGGCG